CUGCUCCUCCCGCCGCCGCCCUGAGUCACUGCCUGCGCAGCUCCGACCGCCUGGCUCCCCGUGCUAGCCACCGAUAUUUGAAGUUCUUAACAACAUGGCAGACAUUGACAACAAAGAACAGUCUGAACUUGAUCAAGAUUUGGAUGAUGUUGAAGAAGUAGAAGAAGAAGAAACUGGUGAAGAAACAAAAAUCAAAGCGCGUCAGCUGACUGUUCAGAUGAUGCAAAAUCCUCAGAUUCUUGCAGCCCUUCAAGAAAGACUUGAUGGUCUGGUAGAAACACCAACAGGAUACAUUGAAAGUUUGCCUAGGGUAGUUAAAAGACGAGUGAAUGCUCUCAAAAAUCUUCAAGUUAAAUGUGCACAGAUAGAAGCCAAAUUCUAUGAGGAAGUUCAUGAUCUUGAAAGAAAGUAUGCUGUUCUCUAUCAGCCUCUGUUUGAUAAGCGAUUUGAGAUCAUUAAUGCAAUUUAUGAACCUACAGAAGAAGAAUGUGAAUGGAAACCAGAUGAGGAGGAUGAAAUUUCGGAGGAGCUGAAAGAAAAAGCCAAGAUUGAAGAUGAGAAAAAAGAUGAAGAAAAAGAAGACCCCAAGGGAAUUCCUGAAUUCUGGUUAACUGUUUUUAAGAAUGUUGACUUGCUCAGUGAUAUGGCUCAGGAACAUGAUGAACCUAUUUUGAAGCACUUGAAAGAUAUUAAAGUGAAGUUCUCAGAUGCUGUCCAGCCCAUGAGUUUCGUCUUAGAAUUUCACUUUGAACCCAAUGAAUAUUUCACAAAUGAAGUGUUGACAAAGACAUAUAGGAUGAGGUCAGAACCAGAUGAUUCUGAUCCCUUUUCUUUCGAUGGACCAGAAAUUAUGGGUUGUACAGGGUGCCAGAUAGAUUGGAAAAAAGGAAAGAAUGUCACUUUGAAAACCAUUAAGAAGAAGCAGAAACACAAGGGACGUGGGACAGUUCGUACUGUGACCAAAACAGUUUCCAAUGACUCUUUCUUUAAUUUUUUUGCCCCUCCUGAAGUUCCUGAGAGCGGAGAUCUGGAUGAUGAUGCUGAAGCUAUCCUUGCUGCAGACUUUGAAAUUGGUCACUUUUUACGUGAGCGCAUAAUCCCAAGAUCAGUGUUAUACUUUACUGGAGAAGCUAUUGAAGAUGAUGAUGAUGAUUAUGAUGAAGAAGGUGAAGAAGCAGAUGAGGAAGGGGAAGAAGAAGGAGAUGAGGAAAAUGAUCCAGACUAUGACUCAAAGAAGGAUCAAAACCCAGCAGAGUGCAAGCAGCAGUGAAGCAGGAUGUAUGUGGCCUUGAGGAUAACCUGCACUGGUCUACCUUCUGCUUCCCUGGAAAGGAUGAAUUUACAUCAUUUGACAAGCCUAUUUCAAGUUUUUUGUUAUUGUUUGUUUUGCUUGUUUUUGUUUUUGCAGCCUAAAAUAAAAAUGUCAAAUAUAAA